AUGUCUGCCGCGGCAAUGUCAAAGAAGAAGCAGGGGAAAAAGUUUGCAGAUCCCAACGAGACGUCGAAGCUGCUGGCUGCCAAGAUCUCCCAGCUAGAACAAGAUGCCGCUGGGGAGAAAGAUCAGGAGGCUGAGAUCGAGCGGGAAGUCAAGAAGGCAACUCGGGAUCUCAACCAACUGCUCAGUAAUAUCGAAUCGCCGAUGACCCGCCUGGAGACGGUCCAUAAGAAGUACACGGAAUUGCUAGCCGACAUGAAGAAGUUGGAUCGCGAUUACACGAAGAGCAAGAAGCGGGCCGAUCAGCUACAGAAGGACCAGGAUAAGGGGAAAUCGGAAUUGAGCAAGACCAUCACGAUGAAGGAUAAGCUGGAGAAGCUGUGUCGAGAGUUGACCAAAGAAAAUAAGAAAGUCAAAGACGAAAACAAGAAACUCGAGGAUACGGAGAAAAAGGCGCGAAUGAUUGUAAAUGAACGGCUGGAUUCGCUUCUAUAUGACAUCCAGGAUGUGAUGGCAUCCAAGGGUGCACCUCGCAGCGAAAGAUUGGAUAUUGAUCUGGACGAAGCUCUCCGUGCAAAGAUCAAGACCAUUGGGGAAAAGUUCGAGAUGCGCGAGUUACACUACAAGGCUCUCUUGCGCAGCAAGGACGCCGAGAUACAAUGUCUUACUGCCAAAUGCGAAGAGCAACGGCGCACCUCGGACAACGAGACUGCCCGCUGCCGUGCUCUCAGCUCGCAGGUUUCAACGUUUUCUCACACCGAGGCCGAGUUACGCAGUCAGCUCAACAUCUACGUGGAGAAGUUCAAGCAGGUGGAAGACACGCUUAACAACAGCAACGAACUCUUUCUCACAUUUCGAAAAGAGAUGGAAGAGAUGUCCAAGAAAACCAAGCGCCUGGAAAAGGAGAACCUUACACUGACCCGCAAGCACGAUCAAACGAAUCGCAACAUUUUAGAAAUGGCCGAGGAGCGAACGCGAAACCAUGAAGAGCUGGAAAAAUGGCGCAAGAAAAGUCACCAUCUCGAGGCACUUUGCAGGCGGAUGCAGGCGCAAGGACGGGGCCAAGCGCUCGCUGCGGAAUUAGACGGCGACGACGAGGGCACGGAAAGCGAGUACGACGAAGAAGACUAUGAAGAUGAGGAAGACGAAGAGGGGAUCAGUGAUGAUGACGAAUACGAACUGGACAGCACAGGACAUGAGGUAAACGGCAUGGAGCACCACCAUCAACCGGAAAAGCCCGUCUUCGGGCCACCCCCUCCCCCCAACCUGGCAGAAGCUAGGGCAAACGGGAACAAGGCCAUGGUCAAUGGAUGCCAUUGA